AAAAAACUUGAGGUCAGUUGAAGUGCAUUUAUGGUAACGACUGAGGCAAAGGCCUUCUUUGUGACAACAAUGCUAACAGUACCUGCCAAUAUGAGGCCAGCAGAUGACAUUUCAUGCAGCUUUGCGCUGUUCGUCUACAUCACCACCUUCCUGAUCGGAGUACCUGCCAACAUCCUGGCAUUCUGCACCUUUUGCCAAAAGGUGCGUCGCAAACCUGCCCCCAUCGACAUCCUGCUUCUCAACCUGACUAUCUCCGACCUCAUCUUCCUUGCUUUCCUGCCCUUCAAGAUGAAGGAGGCUGUUGAUGACAUGAACUGGAACCUCCCUUACUUCCUGUGUCCAGUCACUGGUUUCCUGUUUUUCUCCACUAUCUACAACAGCACUCUCCUCCUGACCGCGGUGAGUGUGGAGCGCUUCCUCAGCGUGGCAUAUCCCGUAAGGUUCACAGCACCAGGCAGGGUUGUCCACGCACAGUUGGCCUGUGUAGUUUUCUGGAUUCUGUCCGUUGCACACUGCAGUGUUGUCUUUGUAAUGCAAUUAGACAAAGAUGCCGACAACACUACCUGCUAUGGGAAUUUCAGUGAUGUCCAGCUUAUUACCCUUCUCCCGGUACGCUUAGAGAUGUCCCUGGUUCUCUUCUGUGUACCCUUCCUGAUCAGCACCUUCUGCUAUGUCAACUUCAUCCGUAUCCUGUCUAGGCUUCCCAACAUCAGCCAGCACCGGCGCCUGCGUGCCAUCGGGCUGGCGUUGGGGACUCUGCUAGUGUUUGCCCUCUGCUUUGGACCCUACAACGUGUCCCAUAUGGUGGGGAUCAUGCAGAAUAAAGUCCCUACUUGGCGCAACAAUGCCAUUCUGCUCACCACCUUAAAUGCCUGUCUGGACCCCAUCAUCUUCUACUUCUCCUCCUCAGAUGUUAGGAGCACUCUCAGCCUCUGCCUGAAGCGAAUCAAGGCUAAGCUCAAUCCAAAGGCCACAGCCGCCCAUGCUGGUACUACACCAGACCCUAUGGACUCCACCCAUUCGUCCAGCCAGAGGUUUGUCGCUGCUGCCAAAAGCGGGACAAAUUACACCCCACGAUGAAUCAGUGACUAGUAAAUCAGUUUUGUCCAUCCAUACAAAGUGUACACAAAGCAUUGAAAUUGUGUAUUUCCACAAUGUGAUCUAGAAUUCUGAUACCAUGGUCAAGCAUUUUGAUAGCAUUUGUCCAUCUGAAACUGCUAUAGAAUGUCUGAAUUCAUCUGCACAUGUAUUCAGUUCAGUAUGCAGAAUUAGAGUGAGAAAACAGUAUGAUGAUGUCUGGUGACUGUGAGUGGUAAUUUAGCUUGUGUCCCACAAGGGUUAUUACAGUAAAUGUGUAUUACUUGUACAGAGGGUAAUGAUGAGAAUAGUGCAUUAGAAUGGUAAACUGUAAAAUAUGUUAUUAAAGGGAAUAAAGAAGCUUCCAAUUUGCCUUUGUGGCUAAUCUUAUGUCAUGCUUAUUGAGACUGUAAAUGCCAGAAUAUCAAUAUGCAAUUGCUGCACAAAUUAUUUAUUUAAAAAAAUCAGUAUCAGAAAAGUCACAUUGUGGUCAUUGCACUUGAAUUUACAGUAUAUUGUCUAUGCGUUAUUACACAUGUAAUUUGUCAUGCUUUUUUAGUGAUCAGUUAUUGUCAAUAAACUCCUUAUUAAGACA